GUUCGAACUCGUCAACCCAAUUUUUUUUUCCUUUCCCUUUAUCUUCUCGCUUUUUCUCUUUAAUUUUCCCUUUUGUCUUUUUCUUUGUCCCUGUAUAUAUACACAUAUAAAGAACCAGUCUUUUCUGUUUCUCCUAAUACAAAAAUGGCUAAUUCUUAUACAAGUAUUAAUUUUUUCCUUGCCCCUAUUAUUUUCUUGGCGAUUCUGGGAUUGCAGUUGCAGAGCAGCGAUGGUUUUGGGACAUUCGGGUUUGAUAUCCAUCACCGGUAUUCGGAUCCGGUGAAGGGUAUUUUGGACCUUCAUGGAUUGCCUGAGAAGGGCAGUGUUGAGUAUUAUUCAGCUUGGACUCAGCGUGAUCGCUUUAUCAAGGGUCGCCGCCUUGCUGAAGCUGAUACAGCUAAUUCCACUCCCCUCUCUUUUUCAGGAGGGAAUGAAACUUUCCGCCUCAGUUCUUUGGGAUUUUUGCAUUAUGCAAAUGUGACAGUGGGCACUCCUGGACUAUCAUUUCUAGUGGCACUUGACACUGGCAGUGACUUGUUUUGGCUACCCUGUGAUUGCAGCAAUUGUGUGCGUGCCCUCGAGACACGCUCUGGACGACGAAUAAAUCUCAAUAUUUACAGCCCUAAUACGUCGUCAACGGGUCAGAUUGUUCCUUGCAACAGCACUCUGUGUGGACAAAGGAGACGAUGCUUAUCUUCACAAAAUGCAUGUGCUUAUGGAGUUGCAUAUCUCUCCAAUAACACCUCAUCAUCAGGGGUACUGGUGGAAGACAUCUUGCACUUAGAGACAGAUAAUGCUCAACAAAAAAGUGUUGAGGCUCCAAUUGCUCUGGGGUGUGGGAUAAGACAAACUGGUGCAUUUUUAAGUGGCGCAGCUCCUAAUGGUCUAUUCGGACUUGGCUUGGAAAAUAUAUCUGUUCCGAGCAUGUUAGCAAGUAAAGGUCUUGCUGCAAAUUCUUUCUCCAUGUGCUUUGGGCCUGAUGGUAUUGGAAGAAUAGUCUUUGGAGAUAAAGGGAGUCCAGCCCAAGGAGAAACACCACUCAAUCUUGAUCAACUACACCCAACUUAUAACAUCAGCUUGACAGGAAUAACAGUGGGAAACAAGAUCACUGAUGUUGAUUUCACAGCCAUUUUUGACUCUGGCACUUCAUUCACAUACUUGAAUGACCCAGCUUACAAAGUCAUUACAGAGAACUUUGAUUCUCAAGCAAAACAGCCACGUAUUCAACCUGAUGGCGAAAUUCCUUUUGAAUACUGCUACGGGCUAAGUGCAAAUCAAACUACCUUCGAAGUUCCUGAUGUAAAUUUGACAAUGAAAGGCGGCAACCAAUUAUUUCUUUUUGAUCCGAUAAUAAUGCUCUCGCUCCAGGAUCGUUCUGGCGCAUAUUGCUUAGCUGUUGUGAAAAGUGGGGAUGUCAACAUCAUUGGACAAAAUUUUAUGACAGGCUAUCGCGUGGUUUUCGAUCGGGAGAAGAUGGUUUUGGGUUGGAAACCAUCGGAUUGUUAUGAUUCUAGAGGAUCCAACGACAAAUCGACAACUCUGCCAGUGAACAAGCGUAAUUCUACUGAAGCGCCUUCGCCCUCCAGUGUGGUGCCAGAGGCCACCAAGGGAAAUGGAAGUGGAAAUGAACCCGCUACUUCGUUUCCAUCUGUUCAAUCAUCUAAACCUGCAGCAAACCAAGCACCAGCACAUUUCAUUUGCCAACUUAUGAUGGCUCUGUUUUCCCUUUUUAGCUAUUAUUUGAUCAUUAUUUCUUCAUGAGGCUUUUUAUUGCCCUUUGUAUAAUAUUGAGCUCUGUUAAAUGAUCGCAUAGAAUUGAAGCGACUAAGUACAGCAUGUUUGAUAUUGCUGUUUAUACCAAAUAUGUACUGUAAAUAUAACUCAUUUCUUUCUUUGUUUCUUUAGGUUUAAAGAUCUUUCUUUCAUUGAAA